CUUUCUUCCGUUUUCACAGCUGUCUUGUCCUUUCACUCGGGCUGCUUUAGAAGUGCAUAGAUGGCUUAUUUGUGUUGGAUAUUGUCUUUCAUGGACUUUUGACUCUUGGGACUCUUUAAGGAUGUGUUUUUUGCCAUGAUACUUGUUCAUUUCAUCUUCAACCAGAAAGAUAAUAUCACUUUAAUGCUUUGAAAAGUUUGAGGUUGGCAGACCGCAGUGAUGUCCAGAUCCACAAAAUCAGCCUCAAGGUCUCGGAGCCGCACGAGAUCCCGGUCAAGAUCCCGGUCCACCUCUCGAUCCAGGAGUCGCUCAAGAUCCAGGUCCAGGAAGCGUUACUACAGAUCUAGGUCUCGGUCAGGUUCAAGAUCUUAUUCACCCCCUAAUAACCGCGACAAGAAAUAUCCAAGGGGAUACCAAAACAAUCGGGAAUUCCGGGGUUAUAACCGCGGCUUCCGGAGGCCGUACAACUUCAGAGGUCGAGGGCGGGGCUACUUCCCACGUGGACGCUUCCAGCGUGGUGGUGGGGGUGGUGGCUAUAACAAUAAUAACUUCCGGCAAAAUUGGAAGAAUUACAAGCAGCACCCUCAAAAACAGCAACACCAGCAGCAGCAGCAGCAGCAACAGCAACAGCAACAGCAACAAUACUAUUCACGAGGUCGACCUCACAACGUCCAGAAACGCUCAGGAAGCCCUUCUCAUGGUCACUCUUACCACUCUGACAAGUCUUCCUCACCAUUAUCCAGGCACUCGCAUCGUUCAUCCUCUUCUUCACACUCCUCCUCUCCAAAAUGCAGGCCAGGCUCGUUGCUGAGUAAGCAAGAGGAGCUUUCAGCCUUCAAGGAGGUCCAAAAGGAAGGAGGGGGAGAUGGGGAGCCAGAGGAGCUUGUCGGAGUGUUGGCAGGAGACGCCAAUGGAGAUGCAGGCAAUGGGAAAACUGAGGGGAAAUGGAAGAGCCUGACAGAGUGCAACAGCAGUCCAAAGAGAGCGAGUCCCCUGGCAAGCUCUGCUGUAACUGUCGGUCAGAACAUCAAAACUACUAAACAGUCAAGUCUCUCCCCAAAAAUCACAAAUAGCAUCAGCAAUGGCAACCCCUCUUCAAAAAUAGUGUUUAAUUCAUCACCAACAAAAAAAGCCUCACAUGAAGGUCUAAAUCCCAUGCUUCCCAGCUUUGACUUCUUCUCCAAUGAGGAAUACCUGGAUGGAGAUAAAACAGCCAUCUCCAUCGCCUUUGGAAAGUUUUUGGAGGAGCAAAAUAAAAAAGCCAAUGCUUGGGAAAAUAAUAAGAAUGCAGAAUCAAAUGAUGUGGAUAUGGAAAAAGGGAAAGCAAAUGGCAAAGCAUCAUCCACUAUCACUGACUCAGUGUCAAAAAAGUAUGUGGAAGACAAUGAUGGUGAAGUGUCUUUGAGCAGCCUUUUGAAAGCUUCUCCUUUUCUGUCUGCUGAUGGAGAGGAGGAGGAGGAGAUGAUAGUCAAGUCUCUGUCAAAGUCCCUCCACAAGGACCAGCACAACGGGGAUGAAUCUUCGAAGCCAAUUAGCAAGGUCACUCAUUCUGCCCGUGAACUGUUUGAAGAAUGCUUUGACAAAUGGCACAAUGUGGCCUAUGCACAAGUUGCAAAAUGUGACCUUGGCGCCAUAGCAGAAGACGUUUAUCUCAGUACAAAGCAAGAUAAAGCAGCAGCUUUAGCUGCAGUGCUUGCCAAGAGGGAGUUAGAAAGAAAAUUUGAGGAAUUGUCCCCAGACAUAAUUGGUACAACAAGUAAGAUGGCAAAAAAAACCUUUAUACCAUGUCCUACACCACCACCCAGGAGGAACUCUGAGAGAGAGAUGUUCCUGAUCAGGGACGAUGACUCAUCUUUCAUGUCCUCAAGAAAUCAGGAAGCUAAAUUUAAUGUCAAGAUGGGGUUCCUUGGAGAUAGCCUUAUAAACUCCUCUGAUAUUUUAGCUGAGGAGCGACAGUUGUCACAGGAUCUUGUGCAGUCCUCAAAAAAGGAUCAGGAGUUUCGCUCCAUCUUUCAACAUGUUCAUACAGCUCAGUUACAGAGGAGUCCCUCUGAGCUUUUUGCUCAACACAUUGUCACCAUCGUUCACCAUGUUAAAGCUCAGCACUUUCAGUCUUCUGGAAUGACUCUAAACGAACGAUUCACAGUGUACCAGAGACGAGCUGCAGAGAAGGAAAUGAUGAAGCCAAGAAAAAGCCCAGAGAUACACAGAAGAAUUGAUGUUUCCCCAAGAGCUUUUAAGAAACACUCUCAAGUUUUUGAGGCCAUGAAAAGCUCAGAGGAGGGCACUUACAAGGACGGCGGGGAAAAAAUGAAGGGUGACCCGAUGGACCUUCGUUUGGAUAUUGAACGCCGCAAAAAAUAUUCCAUCCAUGAAAGAGAUUAUAAUCAGGAUCGUGGAAGAGAUAUGGGAGAGUCCCCAGAUUCUAGUAAAGAAAGGUCUUUGGAAAGGUUCUCCAAAUGCAACGAGAGAUCAAAGAAAAAUAAGAAGAAGCGCUCUCGCUCGAGUUCAUCCUCAUCUUCCUCAUCGUCAAAGUCCCACAAGGAAGAUAUACCCCAUAGCAAAACUGAGCCCAAAGAUAAAGGCUUUACCAAGGCCCGACUGGGUGAACAGGAGACACCAGGACCAGCUGAAAGUGGAAGGCCUCGUGAAGGAUUCCAAGUCCGAAUUCGUGGAAGGAGCUGGAACAGAGGCAAUUAUCAGGGUAACUGUUCGCAUAGUGGAAACAUGUCAAACAUGGAAGUACACCCAAAAAAUGAAGACCCAGAGUUCAUCCCCAAAAGCAGAAAAUACUACUUGCAUGAUGACAGAGAUGGUGAGUCAGAGUGGAAGUGGGUAGACAGCAGAGGGCGUGGACGAGGAAGUUUCCCACGUGGUAGGGCUCGAUUCAUCAUCCGAAAAGCCACCGGGGGCCCCAACACAAGUGGUCAAAAAUGGGCCCAUGACAAGUUCCAGGUCAACGGGGAACAAGGUGGCAAGCAGGAGGAUAAGACAACACAGGACCAUAAAGGAGGAGGAAUCGAUGAAUAGCAUACUUGAGCAGGGAAAUAAUAUGCUGAAAAUCUUGAUUUCCUCCUAUGUUGUUAAAGGAUCUGACUCCAUCAGGGAAUUCAUAAAUGCAGAUGAAAAUAUUUUGCAACUCAGCUUUUAGUAAGGAAACUUUUUUCUUGAACUUCUAUGUAUAAAACUCAUUUUUACUUACCUACAUUAAGAGUCAAUCUUCAAGAUCUUGAAGAAGCACUGUUUCUUGGAUGAAUUGCUGAAAUUUGAAUUUAUAUUUUGUUUUGCUGGAUUCUUUUUUAUAAAUUAGGCUACUACAAAAAACUCCUUUAUGACAUUUUCAUUGAUAAGUAAAAAAGGAAAAAUGCAUCAUAGAUCCAGUCAGAUUGUGCCUUAAAUAUAUCAAAGUUGUAAUGUGUUUUUUGAGCUGACUAAUUAAUUAGUAGUGCGGUUAAAUGCAUAGAAACGCAUAACAAUUACCCAAAAGUUGUGUCUAGACUGGAUUAUAUUACAGCAAUAUGUGCACUGUGGUUAACAUCAACAUACAACAUCACGAAAAAUUACCCUGAUAUGAAAACGGGACCAAACUGUACAGGGUCUGCAUUUACAAAAUUGUACAACAUUUAAGAGGUCUACAAAAUUUGCUGGCAGAAAAUGUGACAGUUGUUAUAUGGUAACUUUUUGUACAUUGUAUUUGUUGUGUAUAAAACAUUUUGCUGUCUUUACAGUAAAUCUUUGAUUAACCUUGGAUACCACUUAAGAAUGUAGGCCUAUUAAAAUACUGGUCAUAUAUUUUACUUCAAAGGCAUUGUACUUUUUGUAACUGACAAGGCGAGAUUUGGACCUUUUGUCCUUUUAGUUUUUAUUGCGCUAGAAUUUGACGCGUUGUUCAUUUGCUGUUCAUAUUUUUUUCACCAGCCAGGUGAUAUAAUCAUAUAUGGAAAUUGUGUGCAAACUGUGAUAAAAGAUGCCCCAAUUGUUAUUUUUUAAGUCUGUAGUUUGUAAGGAACUGCGACACAGGGUAGUUUUGGGGGUCAAGAAUUUAAGUAUGUCUAGAACUACAAAUACAAAAUAAUUUCAGUGCAUAAUGAUGUUCUAGAUAAGACUUGGCUCAUGCGUUAAUGCCCAUACCACUUAAUCAUACAACUGUUGUGCCUUACUGCAGACCUUGCGCUGGUCUUACUUUUAAAAUAAAGGCCUACAAUUUGAGAUUUACAUGUAUUUGUUAAAAGGUAACCUGCUCAUUGGAUAUUGCUUUUUUAAAGAGUGUUGUUACUGUUUGUUUCUCCGAGGCUGUAAAUUAAAGAGACACUGAUCACUUUAA